CUUUGCGACGUCUGGGCGGAAGUGUGGCCUGAGGGAAGAAGACGCGAGAGAGGGGGCCCUCCCUCAGCUGUGACAGGAGCUCGCCUGGAGGGAGGAAGCCGGAGGACAAGAGCCGGGCGGAGGGCUUCAUGGGGAACGUGGGCAGCCACAGCGAGGGCGAGGAAGAAGAGGAGGAGGCGGCAGCGGGAGGAGGUGGAGGAGGAGGAACAGCGGGCAUCGUUACCUGGAGCAAUAGUAACGGCAACGGGGCCGCCGCCACCAGCGAGCCACCUCCGCCGGGAGCCAUGGAGGCCGCCUUCCCCGGCCUAGCUUCUCCGCCGCCGGCUUCGUCGUCGUCUUCCUCCGUCGCCUCGGCCCUCCCGCCGCCGGCCGUGUUGCUCGGACAGGCCCGCCUGCGCGAGGAAGCCGCCGCCCGUCUGCGCGAGGUGCCCUCGGCCGAGCCGCUGCUCUCGCGCCACCACGCCGCCCUGGUGCGCUGGCUGGAGGAGCGCCUGGGCCGCGGGGAGCACGCCAUCAGCCUCGAACAGCUCUGCGAAGCCUUGGAGGCUCGCGCUGGGCCCGCCCAGGGGCCCGCCGCCACCCCCGGAGCAGGAGGGGACGCCGCCGCCGCCGCGGCCGAGGAGCGAGCCAGGAGCGAAGAGGCCUUUGCUCAGUUUGAUCCUGAGGGUGAUGGCACAGUGGAUGUGGAAAACAUGCUGGAGGUUCUCAAGAACUCCAGUGGUGCAAAUUUGCAAGGAGAGCUUAGUCACGUAAUCCGGCAGAUGCAGAGUUGUUCACUUAUUCCAGGUUUUAUAGAUAUAUUUUCAGAAUCAAAUGAGCGCCUUAGUCUUCAUGCUACUAUGAUUCUUAGAUUCCUGCAUCGGCAUCGUAUCACCAGCACCGUUAUCCCAUAUCCAGUCCUGGAAUACUUUAACAAUAUUUGCACUAUGCGAUCUUCUGUACUAAAGGAUUCUUUAGAUCGGCUCCUCCUAAAAGAAAAGGAGAGCCCUAGUGACUUAAAGGGAAACCAGGAAUCAGACAAACUCAAAUCAGUUUCUAAGUGCUACACCCAUAUAGAAACCUCCUCUAAUUCAGCCGAUAUAGACAAAAUGACAAACGGAGAAACUUCCUCCUUCUGGCAAUCCGAUGGGAGUGCUCGAUCACAUUGGAUACGUUUAAAGAUGAAACCAGAUGUCAUUCUGAGGCACCUCUCCAUUGCCGUCGCGGCAAACGACCAGAGUUACAUGCCCCAGCAAGUUACAGUAGCAGUUGGAAGGACUGCCAGCAAUCUCCAGGAGGUCCGAGAUGUUCACAUUCCCAGCAAUGUUACUGGAUACGUGACAUUGUUGGAAAACGCUAACAUUAGUCAGAUGUAUGUACAGAUUAACAUCAAGCGUUGCCUUAGUGAUGGAUGUGACACAAGAAUUCAUGGUCUCAGGGCUAUUGGGUACCAAAGAGUGAAAAAAGCCGGUGUCUCUGUAUGUGAUGCCUCAGCAAUCUGGUACUGGUCACUUUUGACCUCUCUGGUCACAGCAUCCAUGGAAACCAACCCUGCGAUUGUUCAUGCUAUCCUGCAAAAUACCCAGAAGGCACUGCAGCAUAUGCCACCUCUUUCUCUGUCUCCUGGCUCCACAGACUUUUCAAGUUUCUUAUCUUCCAAUGUUUUGGAAGAAGUGGACAAUUUUCUCCUGGGAAUUACCAGUUACUGUGCCUCUCCGGAAGUAGAACUGACGCUGCUAGCAUUUUCUCUGGCCAGAGGGAGCCUCACCAAAGUGCUGAAUUCACUUUGCACAAUUGCUGGCCACUUGGAAGCUGCUUACAAGGCUGCUUCUCUGAUUACUUCCAUGGCUACAGUCAGGCAAAACCUGCUCUACAAAUAUGGAACAGCCCUGCAGCUAACUCUGCAAGCUUGUGAUGUCAAAGGAAAGGAAGACAAAUCAGGACCUGAAAAUCUCCUUGUGGAGCCAUGGACAGGAGAUGGAUUCCUGUCAGAGACUGGAAAAAGACAGGCCAGCAUCAUUCUCUCAACUGGAACAGAAUCAGCCUUUCAGGUCACACAAAUAAGAAUAAAGGUGCGGAGAGGAGCAAUUGGAGCCCGAUGUGGGCUGGUGUUUGCUUACAACUCCUCUUCAGAUAAAUUUCAUGCAGAGGAGCAUUUCAAAAGAUUUGAGAGCUAUGACAAAUGGAAACUAGAGGAUUUCCGACACUUCUUAAAAGCAAGAAGUGGGAUAGUAUGUGAUGAACUUGGAGAGGAAGAUCCUGUUGGCUGGUUUGAAAUGGAAGAGGAAUGGGAUGAAGCAGAAGUCAAAAUGCAGCAGUGUAGAAUUUCUAAGCACUUGAUGGUAAAGUUCUUGUGCACCAGGCAAGAGAAAGCUGAACGUCUCGGAGUGCAAGGCUUAAGCGUCUUUGGGUAUAUCCGGUCGGCGUCCGAAGAACCUAGCAGAAGCAAGAGCUGUAGGGAAUGUGACAGACUAAAUGGCGAUGCUGUUUGUGGGAUGACGCUUCUUCUAAAAACUCUGUCCUUCAUCCAGCAGCUUGCACAAGACUUGGUGCAGAAGAAAGAAAGUGGUCUACGGUAUAAAUCAUAUCUGGACUUCACAGGCCUGGAUUUAAAGCUUUUCUGGAAUUUUUAUAGUAAACUUCACCAAAACCCAAGAGAAGAAUGCAUUGAUGCGCAGGCCAUGCUGUUACAGCUUCUUCAGAGUUGCUUCUCGGUCCUCACAUCAGAUCCCAAAGCUGCAAAGACUGAGGAAUCUGCUCAGAAAAGAACACUUGAAAGUACAGAAGCAGCAGAGGAACUUUAUAAACAUCUGUGUGAAGUUGUUAACAGUGACAGUGAGUCCACGCCACUGAAGACUCUGAAACAGGAAGUGACUAACACGUUACUCAAUGGAGCGGCCAUCUUUUUCCCCCAUAGACAUACCCGGCGGGAGCAGCUCUUUGCAAUGCUGAAUAACAUUACAGAACAGAAACACAAGCCAUCUGUGCAACUUACUUUCAAAUCCCUUUGUGCAUAUUUUAGUGAUCAGGAUCCAGGUGGGCUUCUGCUAUUACCAGACAAAGAAACUUCUGCAGAUGUUGAUGUUGCUCAAGUGCUAACAGUGAUGAGGACCCUCCUGAUGGUGAUGUCAAAAGAGUGUGAAAUGUUGAUGAAAGACAUUGUCUUGCAAGAUACUGGCCCUGUUCUCUCAUCCUUAUUCUGGUCAGUCCAGGGUAGCCUCCUGUCUUGGUGUUACUUGCAGCUUAAAGGCAGUGAUGCGGCAUCCAAGAGCCUUGCCGUAGAAAUCCUUACAAAAUAUGUGCAACAGUUCCUAUCAAAUAUUAGGACAAUUUUAGAGUCCCUCCUGUCCCAAUACAGUGGGAAAACCAUUGUGGAAAAAUUAAGCAACUCUGUCUUUGCCAUGGUAGCUCGUCAGCAGAUGACCUUCCUGCAGGAUUUCUGCAUUUUAGACAUUCCCCAUGGGACUCUCCUGCAGGAUGUUAGCACGUUGACAAAACUAUUGAACGACCUGUCUGCAGAGUCUGAAAACAGUCCAAAUAAGGUGGGCAUAGAAAGCUGGCAGCAGGAGCAGCCAGUGGUACUACGGACAUGGACAGCAGAAUCUCCCCAUAAUUAUGAUAACAACUGCCAUGACGUUACUGUCUUCCUUUGCCCAGGAGCAACUUACUUCGAAGUUGAGUUUGACGAAAGAUGUGAAACGGAGCGGAGGUAUGAUUACCUGGAAUUUACUGAUGCCAAAGGCGCAAAAACUCGCUACGAUACCAAAGUUGGCACAGAUAAGUGGCCCAAGAAAGUGACCUUCAAAGCUGGUCCUCGGCUGCAGUUUCUCUUUCACUCUGAUAGCAGUAAUAAUGAGUGGGGCUACAAGUUUUCUGUCACAGCCUAUGGAUUGCCCGAUGUUGACAUUUCUUGGGGCCUGGAUUUGUAUCUUCUCGUGGCCAAGCUAAUGGGGCGCCUGGCUUCACAGAGUAUGGUGUUGAAAUCUUCACAGGGAGUAGGAGGUGAAAUAGAAUUGCCUCCUACAGAAGUGGCAGCGGUUCUUAACUCUCCUUUAUGGAAACCUGUCUUCAGGCAUCGGAUGCGUUCUGAGCAAACACCAGAAGGCAGGAAGCAAAGCCAAACCCAGCAGGAAAAUGAAAAGGCAAUCAACUCAGAUGCCAAAUGCUGCCAUAAAUUUCUCCUUGAGUUCUCAAAGUCAGACCCUGCCCAGGAGUUCUGUGGGCCAAAUUCUGAACUUUUCAAAGGACUCUUACAGGCAUGUAAUAAACAGGCCCCAAAGACUGAUAUAAUUGCUGGUUCCACUAUCGAUCAAGCUGUCCAGUCUACAUUUGCUGCUUUGGUGUAUCUCUCUCCAGAUUUGUAUGGGAAGCUGCAAAAAUAUGUGAACAGUGGAGGCAAAACUCCUUUAAAUGAAGAAUUUGCACAAGUAUAUUUACUGGCAGAUGGGAUCAGAAUAUGGAUGCUGGAAAUGAAGCAGAAAUUCCUCAUGGGCCAGAGAAGUGACGGAGAGGAGCAGCAGGCUGGUGAGAUGAGCGAGGUAAACCCAGAAUGUCUUGCACAGCAGUGUAUCCAGAAAAGUCUUCUUUUGCUGAAUUUUUUGCCUGUACGGACCAAGUCAGAAGGUUACGACUCUGAUAACCUGGAGGACCACGGGCAAGGCCCUGAUGGUAAAUACCAAAGGACAAGUUCUGUAGUAGAAGCAGAUUUCCAAGCAUCACAUCCCUCACCUGCUUGUGAAGCAACUGGUUUUCCUUUCCCAGAGGGAGGCCAAGACUCUGAACAAAAGAAAAAGCAAGUGCCCGAUUCCCCACAGACAGAACUAGCUUCAGCACCACAGAGUAGCGCCCUGGAAAAAAACUCAGAGCAAGAAGAAUCCUUGUCCCCCCCUUCCACCCCAACCCGCAAGCCUCCAUUCAGCCGUGGACGGCUCCGGCUCCUCUCCUUCCGCUCCAUGGAAGAAUCUAAACCUGCGCCCAGCAUAAAGGAGAAAUAUCCCAUCUUGAAAGACGUUCUGGACUUCAUCAAGGAUCAGUCUCUUUCCCAUGAAAGUGUCCUGAAAGUCCUUGCUUUGAGGAAAGCUCAAGCCAAAAACAUUUUGGAAGUGCUGAAGAUGAUCCUCCAGUGCCUAAAAUCCCUUAGCCAACCUCACUGUUUUGUUCCACCUUGCAUAAUUUUCCUGCUGGAACUUUUAGCUUGCCAGAAAGACUUCACAAACUAUUUUGGACACUUAGAAGGGUGUGGGGCUGAAUUACACCGAGAAAUACGGGAAUCCUUCUAUCAGCUGCUUCAUUUCUUGGUCAAUGCUUUGAAAGGAUUUAACAACUACAGUGACAAAUCAUUACUGCCUGCCUUGUCCUGUGUGCAGACAUGUCUCCUUCACCUUUUGGAUAUGGGCUGGGAGGCAAAUGAUCUUUCCUUCUUCAUUGAUAUUCAGCUACCACGUCUCCUCAUCACCAUGUCACAAGAGAACAUAAGUACUCAUGACAAGAUAAUUUGCCAGUGGAACAAAGAAGAAGAAAUUGCAGACUACAAGCAAAACUCUGAGUGGAUGGACGAAUGUCAGGAAGGAGUCUUUGAAAGCUGGUGUGACAAGAUAAGCCAAGCAGACCCUGAGAAACAGAGAAAGAUGCACAUGUUCAUCGCCCGCUACUGUGACCUGUUGCAUGUGGAUAUAUCAUGUGAUGGAUGUGAUGAGAUUGCUCCAUGGCAUCGUUACCGCUGCUUACAAUGCAGUGAUAUGGAUCUAUGUAAAACAUGCUUUCUGGGUGGAGUGAGACCAGAAGGUCAUGAGGCCAGUCAUGACAUGGUUAACAUGGAGUAUGCCUGCAAUCACUGUCAAGGUAUUAUUGUUGGCCAGCGUAUUAACUGCAACGUGUGUGAAGAUUUUGACCUUUGCUAUGGAUGCUACUCUGCAAAGAAGUACUCUGACAGCCACCUGCCUACCCAUAGCAUCACUGUGUAUCCAAUGAUGACCUUUAGGAUCAGUGACUGCCACAGGCUCAUCCAGCCUUACCUCCACAACUAUUCCUGGCUGCUUUUUUCUGCCUUGGCUCUCUACAGCGCUGAUUUGACUUGUGGCAAACAAGCGGACGGGGAAGAACUCAGCCCACAAGUCACCGCUCAUGCUAGAAUCCUGCAGCAAGAAUGUGUUCAGCUGAUUGGAGAUUGCCUGAUGAAAGUGCAGCAUGGCAAAGGUCUGAAAAGUCAAACUCUGCUUAGCAUGUUGCCAGAAGAAGAACCUUCAUCUGAAAAUGGGAUGCCCUCAGUUGAGUUUUCCACAGAGAGCCAUGUAGAAAACUGCACCAGUAAGGAAAUCAUGGAAAAUAAUAAGAUGCCUGCAUCUGUCAUCCAUCGCAAUGGAAAUGGAAAGAGUACUGAAAUUCAGACUUCUGUAAAUACUAAACAAGAGAGUAAAGUGAAAAUUGAGAACAAACUUUCCAAUGGUCUUCCAACAAAGAAAGAGAUGGUAUCACAAGAGAGACAGACACUUGCUUUUAAUUCUGACUUAUUUGCAAAAGAAAAGAUACCCCCAGAUGUUGCAGUUUCUGACAUUUUGCCCCCACACCAAGCUGAAGAAAAAGCAAUGCCUUGUCAGGAGGUGGUAUUCGCUGAAUGUUCCCAGAAGAGGAUUCUUGGGCUACUAGCUGCAACGUUGCCCCACCUGAAAUCCGGCUUAACGAUGUCUCUUAUUAACUUGGACCAGAUCCUUCCUCUCAUGUUUGAUGUUGUGAUCUCCAAUGCUGGCCAUUUAAAUGAAACUUACCACUUAACCCUGGGGCUCCUAGGGCAGUUGAUUCGGAGACUGACUCCUGCAGAAGUGGAUGCGGCUGUGAGCAAGGUCCUCUCCACCAAGCAUAGCCUCGUGGCUGCUGGUGAUGGCACCAUAGUGCCCGCAGGCUGGAAAACAACCCAUCUCCUCUUCAGUCUAGGAGCUGUCUGCCUGGACAGCCGUGUCGGAUUGGACUGGGCUUGCACCAUGGCGGACAUUCUGCGCGCGCUGAACUCCUCCUCUCAGUGGCAUGAUGUGAUCGUUGCCUUCACAGACCACUGCGUCAAGCAGCUUCCCUUCCAGUUGAAACAUACCAACAUUUUCACAUUGCUGGUACUCGUCGGCUUUCCAGAGGUUCUGUGCAUGGGAACCAGAUCAGUGUAUAUGGACAAUGCAAACGAGGCCCACAGUGUGAUCCUCCUCAAGCAUUUCACAGAGAAGAACAGGGCUGUGGUGGUGGAUGUUAAAACCCGGAAGAGGAAAGCUGUGAAAGAUCUCCAGCUGAUUAAACCAUGUGAGCAAGAUGAUGCUGAGUCUCAGGGCCAGCUGCGCCAGUAUCUCCAACAUUUUGUCUUUAUAACUAGCCAUCUUCUCCAGACCAGCAUUGACAGUAGCUUUGCAGAGGCAGUGGAAGCAACAUGGGUUUUAUCUCUUGCCCUGAAGGGACUUUACAGAACACUUAAGACACAUGCUUUUGAAGAAAUCCGCACAGCCUUCCUACAAGCUGGUUUACUUAAGCUGUUGGUGAAGAAGUGUAGCAAAGGAACAGGCUUCAGUAAGACUUGGCUUCUGCGAGACUUGGAGAUCUUGUCAGUCAUGCUUUAUUCCUCAAAAAAGGAGAUAAGCUCUAUGGCUGAACAGAAGGACUCAGAAUUCAAUGAGAGGGAUCAUGAGCAAGCAGUAAAUGAGUCUAUUGUCACUUCUGAUGCUGAGCAGCAUAGGCUUGACCCACUGGAGGGCCUGGAUGAAACCACCAAAAUAUGCUUCCUGAUGACUCAUGAUGCUCUGGAUGCACCUCUCCACAUUCUUCGGGCCAUGUAUGAACUGCACAUGAAAAGAACAGAUUCUUUCUUCCUAGAGGUUCAGAAGAGAUAUGAUGGAGAAGUACUUACCAUGGAUGAAAGGAUUCAAACCUUGGCUCAAAAAUGGCAGCCCAGUAAGCGUUUACGCUCAGAAGAGCAGAGUUCCAAAGCCCUGGAUACAGAUAUGAUCAUUGUGCCAUGUUUGUCCAAGCCUGCUCCCUGCAGCAAAGCCACCGAGGAAUCCAACCCAGUGACCCAGAAACUCAUCACCAACACAGAAAGUGACCUCCAACUCAGUUAUGCCAAGCAACGCCGCACCAAAAGUUCUGUCCUCCUGCAUAAGGAGUUGGACUCCAGGAGCAAGAAAGCUGUGCGGGGUUAUCUCUACCGGGUCAAUGAAGCCACUGCUGUCCUCUAUGCCAGGCAUGUCCUUGCUUUGUUGUUGGCUGAGUGGCCUGAUGACGUAGCAAUAAGUGAGGAGAUGUUAGAUCUCAGUGGCCCUGCUCACAUGACAUAUAUCCUGGACAUGCUCUUGCAGCUAGAGGAAAAACAGCUGUGCGAAAAGAUUUUACUGAAAGUGCUCCGUGGAUGCAGUGGAACCAUGCUAGCAAGGAUGGCCCUUACAGCCUGUCAAUUCAUGGAGGAGCCUGGGAUGGCAGUCCAAGUACGCGAGUCCAAGCACCCUUACAACAAUAACACAAACUUUGAGGAUAAAGUUCAUAUCCCUGGUGCUAUCUACCUCUCAGUCAAAUUCGACUCUCAGUGUAAUACCGAAGAGGGAUGUGAUGAGCUGGUCAUAGCCAGCAGCUGUGACUUCAUCCAUGAUCGUCAUACCUUCAGUGGGCCUCCACACAAAUGGACUGACUUUGAACUUCCAGGAGAUACACUCUACUACCGAUUCACCACUGACAUGAGCAAUACCGAGUGGGGUUACAAGUUUACAGUAACAGCCGGUCACCUGGGGCGAUUCCAGACAGGCUUUGAGAUCUUGAAACAGAUGCUGUCAGAGGAAAAGGUGGUUCCUCAUAUUCCACUUGCUAAAGUUUGGGACUGGCAGGUGGGCGUGGCCUGCAGACAAACUGGACACCAGCGAUUGAAAGCCAUCCACUUGCUCCUGAAGAUCGUACAGUGCUGCAACGAGAGGGACUGUGAUCUCACUUUGCUGAAGCCACUGUGGCAUCUUUUCAGCCGCUUGGAAAACAACAUGAAGUAUGAUACGACCAAGCCAGGGGUCCUUCUUCCACUUCACCGGGCACUCACAGAGCUUUUCUUUGUUACUGAGAGCAGAGUUAGCGAACUUGGGUCUCUGCAGGAUUACUUGCUUGCCUUAAAUACAGAAGACCAUCUCUACCACUGUACAGCCCAGGCCCUGAAAAACAUUGCUGCUAUUAGUCUUGCCAUUAACUAUCCCAACAAAUCAACAAGUCCCUGGAACAUUUAAGAAUGUCUCUUGCUGCUCAGAAUAACAUAGUUCUUGUCCAGAGGAACCUUGGUGCAAGCGUUUUAGCUCGGUUCAUGAAUUGGAGAAAGGCAGAGGCACCCCCUGCUUCAGGGCAUGUGCACUCUGCAGCCAGCCAACCUUUCUUCCUCCCCAGCCUAGAUUCUGUAAGAGCAAAAGCGCACAUCUGAGGAAAUGGGGAGAACAUCCCAGAGCACUUCUAGUGCCGUCAAGAGUUAUGUAUGCACUUCAUAUCUCUGGAACAGUAUUUACCCCCUGACUCUUGGAAGGAAGAAAAAAGGCAGGUAAGAGGGGGUGAAGUUCCCCUAAAGGAGAACUCAGGUCAUCUUCUGGCAGUCAUCGCAUCCUUCCAUCAUCCUGCGCACAUCCUGUCCCCAGAAGACUGACUAGAAUGAACUGGAAUUAGCGAACAGUAGCAUUGUGAAUACCUAAAUGAGGAUGGGAGAAGCAAAAUGUUUAAGAGGGUUUUAGGCUAUGGCAUGUCAGAAAACUGAGUUGCUGCCCUUUACAUUAUUUUCCUUUUGAGAUGUGGGCUUCUUCCCCAGGAUCCAGACCAGUUCCUAUAAAUGAGCAAAAGAAAGAGUAUAUUUUCUGGGGGAAGCAGGGUGGAUUUUGCGGGAAUUUAUGGAAGUGUUGGGGUAGAGAACUGAGAAGCUGGCAGUUCUACAUAUUCAUUAAAAGCCAGUCUUUCACUGAUAGCUCUGAACUCCUGCAUAUGUCAUGCAACAUGUGGCCUGGAAUUUACAGUAUUUGCUCAUGAGGAGGCAAAAGAAAGGGAGAAUUUUCUCAGUAAGAUCACAUUGAGAAGAGAGGUGGAGCACAACAAGGGUUCUCUCCCUCCUACAAGAUCCUAGGAAUACUGUGGUGUAGAAAAAGUGAAUUCUUCAGUGGCUAGCAUCUUGCUUUUCACAACAGUAACCACAGGGCCCCUUCUGAACGGGGAAGGCAUAAGAAGAUCUCAGACAUGAAAUAAGUUGGCUUUAAUUUCUUGCCUCAGGAGGGAAAGGAGCAGUGCAGGGUGAGGUAGAUUUUGUUUUGUUUUGUUUUGUUUUUUUGUCCUCUCCAAGGACAAACUGCAUGGAAAGCUAGGUGCUUCUGUGUGGAAACUAUAUAUUGCCAGCUAUGUAUUUAUACUGCUAUCAAGCUUGCAGGUCAUCAGUUGUGCUUCAGUAUAUCUUUCAGGAUUUUCAGAAUCCAGGAGAAAGUGCACCUGGAUGAACUGAGCAUCAUGAUGGCAAAUCAGUGUAGGGAAAUACAUCAAAUAUAUUGCUCCAGUUGAAGCAUAAAAAGGCCAGUGUUUUCUUUAAAAAUUCCUUUUUAAAAAGUGGUUGAUGUUUUGAAGGUGAAAGAAAGAGAUUAGCAGUGGCUGGAUGUAACUGCUGAAGAUGAUCCUGGGAAAGCCGGGUGCAUGCAUAUUGGUCUUCAGGAUUGUGUAAAGGGGCUGGAGCUUUCCUGGCUUAAGCAAUACACUAUAGGAAAAGUGGGGAGUGCUUGACUGUUUACAAUGGCAAACGUCAGGGUAGAAAAGCCUCCAGCUAUCUUCCCUCAUAUCUCUCUUCAAGAGCAGAAGCCAUAACCAGCACAAUCAGCUUUUGGCCAGGAUGCAUUCUCUCACACAAUCAGGGUUUCUUCAAAGCAUCAAUCUCGGGAGAUGAUCCCUACAAUAGCAAAGAUAUAUGUUGUCUUCUGAACUGCAUGUUGAGGCAAGCUAUGGAUCAGGUGCUGCCAGAUGGGGAGCAUUUUCUGAAGACCAUUUCAAUGACAGUUGUAUCCAAAGAGGGCAGAAAUCCAUUUUUAGAGCAACAGAGCUCCUGGAAAAAAGUCCAUCACAAUUUUUAAAAGGCAAGGUCUUUUGAUGUACAAUUUGCUAAAAGGGAAGAGGAACCCACUGCAGCUGAAGCCUCAGCUUAUUUUUCUUUCUCCCUCUAAAACAAACUUGCAGAUGCUAUUCAUGGGACAUAGCAUGAUCCAAGAUCUGUAAUCAACAGUGUCAGGGUUUCAGUCCCUCCUCCUUUCUGUUUGGCUUGUGAAGUAUCUCUUUCUACAUAACCCUAUGAAUUUUGAAAGGAAAAGAACCAUUACCUUGCAUAUUGCUUUUCCUAUGCCCAAUAAGAGUUUUGAAGCUAGAAAAGAUCAAAAACACCUUUUGUUCCAACCCCUGUACAAGGAAUUUACUGGGUCACUGCUGAGCAUGAACAUAAAUCAUUGCCUUACAUUGAUUGCUCUCUUCAUUUCUUAUUUUUCUCACAGGGAAGAAUUAUGGCCUUUGUUUUAGCUGAUGUGAAAGGUGCACAUUAUAAAUUGAAUUAAGUUAACAAACAUUGCUGUUAAUAUCUGUAGUAGUUUCAGAUGAAUGCAAAACCUGAGAUUUGAAGGGUGAAGUGGGGGGGGGGAGAAAACAAGAAAUGUGCCUACAAGUGAUUAUUGUGUAUGCUAAAUUGCAUCCAACAUAUCAAGAGACUAUUACCAUCCUAAUGCAACUUUAUUUUCCCAGCAUAAAACGUAAAUGUUAGUAGUUAUUAAUUUUCUUACAUGCUUAUUUUCUGUUGGGUUUCAGAAAAAUUAAUUACUUUGGGGGUGGGGGAGGACAGUCUGUUUUGGUUUAACAUUAUUAAAAUCAACUUCUUAGAUUUAUUCCUGUUUGGCUUAUUAUGUAUUUAAAAAGAAGUUAUAAAUGCAAUGAAUAUAUACAAAUGAAGAGAUAUAUUGUAAAAAAUUAUAUUAAAAAUGGAAGUACCCAGA